UAGCAACAGAAAAUUUGGCUAUGUCAGGUAUGCUGAUGUCGUAGGGCAGGAAGUGAAAACCUCUAAGAUACGCAGGAGAGAGAGAGAAGGAGAGAGAGUGAGAGAAAGCGAGAGAUCGACAGUACAUAUCAUCAGUGUCACUUCAUAUGCGUAUACACAGAGGGUUUGCUCUAACUGAGUGACACGGACAUUACCUGUUUUGAGAGCUCAUAAGACAUUGCAUCUUUGCUCUGAUGUACCGUCCGCGUUCUGACCACAUCCUGCUGGUCCUAUGCCUCCUGUUUCUGCUCUGUGUCCAUGGCAACGCUCAAGACCAAGGCCCUACAUGUGAGCUGAGAGUGAAAAGAAACACCAUUUGGAAUGCUGUCCCUCAGAAAGCCCUAACAAUCAUCUGCCCUUUGAGACACUGUGGAGAAAAGCUACACGCCACCUGGUGUAAAUAUGUGCAUCGAUUAAACUGUGAACAGAUACAUGAGACAGAGCAAGUCACAUUUGGAUGGAGGCAAAAAGAUAUUUGGAUUUUGGAUUUUAAAAAGAUAUCUAUCAAUGACGAUGGUUUGUACAGAUGUGGAGUUUCUGAAAACGGGUCAACAUAUGUUAGCCAUGCUAUCAAAGUCUCUGUCUCAGAUAGCAACCUGGAGAUUACAAGCACAGCAGACCACAACACAAAUGACUCAACGGAUGCAAAGCGUGAUAGGAAUGAUCCAAGCUUCAUGCCUUAUGUUUCCAUCUGUGUGGGAAUAGUAGUCCUGGUGGUCAUUGUGACAGCAUUUUCUUUCUUCUGUCUACAUGCAUAUAAAGGACCAAGCAGGUCAACCGAAAAUAGAACAAAGAAGCAGGAGAUGUCCACACUGGCAGCACCAUGUCCAGACCUCUCCUUCAACCCAGAGGGAACCUUUCCAUCAUCACCAUCCACCCCAAACCCCAUACAGCCUGCCAAUCUCUAUGACAACGGUCUCUACUGUAACCGCAUCAAUGGGAAAAAUGGAGCUCUACCAUCCUCCAACAACAGAGCAGGAGGUCAAGUAUCAAGCCACCUUGUGUAUGCUUCCCUGAACCACGAGACCACCAGGGGGUCACUGAGAUCACCCCAUAUUUCAACCCCGCAGGAUACGUUCUCUGAGUACGCAGCCAUCCGGGUCUACUAAGCUCUGAGAGAGACCUCAGCCAGACCCUAACAGUACAGUGCUGUAAGUUGUGUUCUUUGAUGGUUGUUUUCACACAGAGGAAGAGGAAAGCUGAACAUUUUUGUUUAUGAAAAUUUGACUCAUCGGGGAUCUGUUUUCAUAUUAUAUAUUUUGGGGGCACUUUAUAUAAUUGUCACGCACUCAAUGACACACACUUCCUGGUGUAAUUGCAACGGUGAGCAAUGGGUUAACCGCAGUGCAAAAGUGUUUCAGAGAAGAAGAUGUAAAGGUGGAGGGUGACUGAGAGGUGUUAGAACUAGAGAGCAUGUGCUUCUGAGUGAACAUCCUUCACAUCACACCUCAGAGUUAGAGGAGCAAAGGUGUUGGUAACUCUCACUUCAAGAUAUUUCACACAUAAUGAUGGGAAAACCAUAAUUUGUUAAUUACUAUCAAGAAAUACAUGAUAUUUUCAAAGUAUGUGGACACCCUUUCAAAUGAGUGGAUUUGGCUAUUUCAGCCACAAUCAUUGCUAACAGGUGUAUAAAAUUGAACACAGCCAUUCAAUCUCCAUAAACAAACACUGUCAGUAGAAUGGCCUUACUGAAGAGCUCAGUGACUUUCAACAUGGCAUCGUUAUAGAAUUCCACCUUUCCAACAAGUUAGUUUGUCAAAUGUCUGCCCUGCUAGAGCUGCCCCGGUCAACUGUAAGUGCUGUUAUUGUUAAGUGAAACGUCUAGGAGCAAAAAAAUCGCACAGAACGGGACCGCCGAGUGCUGAAGAGCAGCUUGUAAAAAUCGUCUCUCCUCGGUUGCAACACUCACUUCCCGAGUACCAAACUGCCUCUUCAAGCACUGUCAGCUUUUCGUCAAGAGACUCAUGAAAUGGGUUUCCAUGGCCUAGCAGCUGCACACAAGCCUAAGAUCACCAUGCGCAAUGCCAAGUGUUGGCUAAAGUGAUGUAAAGCUCGCCGCCAUUGUACUCUGGAGCAGUGGAAAUGUGUUCUCUAGAGUGAUGAAUCACGCAUCACCAUCUGGCAGUACGAUGGAUUAAUUUGUUUUUGGGGCUGAUUUUAAUAGUCUAGGCCAGCAAAAUUGCUGCAGCAAUGUCACAACAUCUUUUUUUCUUCUUUUUUUUUCUACUGUGUUAUUGACUUGUUUAUUGUUUACUCAAUGUGUAACUCUGUGUUGUCUGUUCACACUGCUAUGCUAUAUCUUGGCCAGGUCGCAGUUGCAAAUGAGAACUUGUUCUCAACCAGCCUACCUGGUUAAAUAAAGGUGAAAUAAAAAAUAAAUAAAAAAUAGUGGAAAGCCUUCCCAGAAGAGUGGAGGCUGUUUUGGCAGCAAAAAGUUGACCAACUCCAUAUUAUGAUUUCG